CACAUAGACCCAAAUUUUCCAUAGUUCUAUCCAUUAGAUCCAUUCUACCCCUCUUAAUUUUGUUGUGUGCUGUUUUUCUUUGUUGUUUGUUAUUUGAUAAGCACGUCAAAUCAACGCGUAAACUCACUAUAAUUUUAAUAAUAAAUAACACUUUCAUCCCCAUCUUCCUUUCUUGCUUCCUUUUACUCUCCCAUUUCUCUUCCUAAUCCUGUUUCUACUCCAUUUUCUUCAUUUUUUAUUAACAUAUAAAUUAUCCCCGUUUCUUCCCCAACCGAUAACCUACCCAUUAUUGUAUUUGUCUUGGAACUCCCAAUUUUAUGAACUCUAUAUCUUGAUGGGUGUUUUUUAUGAGGUGGGUCGAUCUUAAAUUUAACAUAAUUUAUUGUAGUGUCAAAUGUUUUGAUUUUUUAUUGAUUAUUAAUAGUAAUUUCAAGUGAAAAAUGGGAUCUGAAAAUGGGUUUUAUUCAAUUCAAGAGUUUAAUUUGGAUGCCAAGUGGUUGAUUGAUGCUAAACAUCUCUUUGUUGGCCCUAAAAUUGGUGAAGGUGCUCAUGCAAAGGUUUAUGAGGGAAAAUAUAAAAAUCAGGAUGUUGCUAUAAAGAUUGUAAAUAAAGGGGAAACACCAGAGGAGAAAGCUAAAAGAGAAGGGCGUUUUGCUAGGGAAGUUGCAAUGUUGUCCAAAGUUCAGCAUAAAAAUUUAGUCAAGUUUAUUGGAGCUUGUAAGGAGCCUUUCAUGGUAAUUGUGACUGAGCUUCUAUUGGGUGGGACUUUACGGAAGUACUUAUUGAACUUGAGACCUAAUUGCUUGGAAACAAAGGUAGCAAUCGGCUUUGCUCUUGAUAUUGCUCGUGCAAUGGAAUGCUUGCACUCCCAUGGAAUUAUACAUCGUGACUUAAAACCAGAAAACUUAAUCUUGACAUCAGAUCAAAAAACAGUCAAACUUGCUGAUUUUGGCCUAGCUAGGGAGGAGUCGGUAACUGAAAUGAUGACGGCAGAAACAGGAACCUACCGAUGGAUGGCCCCAGAGCUCUAUAGCACCGUCACAUUAAGGCGCGGGGACAAGAAGCAUUACACUCACAAGGUUGAUGCCUACAGUUUCGCGAUUGUAUUAUGGGAACUCGUACAUAAUAAAUUACCAUUUGAAGGCAUGUCCAAUUUGCAGGCAGCCUAUGCGGCUGCUUUUAAAAAUGUUAGACCUAGUGCGGAAAAUCUUCCCGAAGACUUGUCCAAAAUCGUGACCUCUUGUUGGGCAGAGGACCCAAAUGCUCGUCCUAAUUUCAGCCAGAUAAUUCAAAUGCUCUUGCAUUAUCUCUCGACUUCGUCUCCAAAACCUAUGAUCCCGCCUCAGAUAGUCUUUCCCGAGAAUGGUUCAGAGUCUCCCGCAACAAAUACGUUGAUGACUGUAAGACAUCGGACAGGCGAAUCGUUCAGAGUAACUGACAUGGAAAACAAGCAAAGAAGUUUUUUCUUCUGUUUCAAAGAGUGCUACUAAACCCGAUAGUCUUUAGUUUCGUUUGAUUAGUUCGGGUACAACGUACCAUUGUAAUCUAUGUAUGUUGCUAGAAAACGAAUGUUGUAGCAUAAACACAAAAUCGAAAUGUUUAUGAAAACCGGAUAGAAUGUAGAGUAGGUUGCGAUAUUGUCGUUACAAUUCGCAUAAUUAGUCACUCAUUGUAAUGUGGCUCUGCAUUAGGCCCUUUGAGAUUAUGGGCCUUUGUGAUGUAAAAAAUGUAUAAUUAAUCAAGUCAUAAUUAGUUAUUAAGUUGAUAUUUUCA